CUGCGCUCAUUGUGUAGAUUUCUGCUGCGCGAGCGUCAACACUGCAACCAGGCAACCGUAAUAGUCAACAACACACAGUAAUGCAGCGCAAUAUGAAAGAGUUCGUCUUAAACUAAUGAACAAUAUGAAAUUAAAACGAUAUAAGCAUAAUUUAAAAUGUCAUAGGAACUACAGGAUAUUGAGAGGAUAAACGCAAUUGAGAGAAGCCCCGCCCACAGAGUGACGAUGGCCACGUGACGCUGAGUCUGCCUAGAGAAUUCCAAUGACGUCAAGCUAGAUUGGAAUGUGUUCUAUAACGUGACGUCACAGUAGCCUACUGGUCAGUAGCCUACUGUGAAGCACAUUUUCACAUAUUCUCCUCAUUUCUUUGCUGACAAUUUUCUACUAGCAUUUAUUGCAUUGUAGUUAUUUAGCAUUUGAAAAUGGGAUUAAAAUUUUCAUGCGUUAAAUGUGUAGAUGUUUCUGACAAUGGAGACAAUUUACACAAAAAACAGAAACGCAAGAGGAAGGAAAAAACCAUCAAGACCACCUCAAGUCAAGAUCAGACUUCUCAUCAAGUCACCUAUACCAGUGCUGUUGAAGUCCUCAUCGUUGCUGAGGAACCUGGUCAUGUUGACCAAGUCGAUGAUGAGUGGAGUGACGCCGCCUUCCAGGCCUUAGUCGGUGAUUCAUCGGAAUGGGGUGCCGACGCCAUCGACUCUUUGAGCUGUGUCUGGAGUAUUGGCGACCUCCAAGCUACAGUAUGUGCCACAUCUGACGAUAGCAUUCCAGUCCAAGAUGUGGCCUACUAUAGAGCCAAUGUCCCUCGAGUGCCAGCCCGAGAUGUGGCCUGCUGUAGAGCCAACGUCACUCAAGUUCCAGUCCGAGAUGUGGCAGACUGCAGCGUGGAUGUCCCCCAAGUCCCAGUCAGCACCACAUCAGCUCCAGGCUUGGAGAUGGCUGACUGUUGUGACUCCGACUCUAGUGAUGAUCUCCUAACAGGCUCUAAUGAUGAUCUCUCUUCAGUUUCAGCCUCGCCCUGGGCAACAUCAGACUCUAGUGACGAUCUCCAUCCAGGUCCAGCCUGGUCAAUAUCAGACUGUAGUGUCGGACGGACAUCUGAGUUGAAGCAAUUGGAGGAAAACGAGAUUAUUAACGUCGGCGUCCACAGCUAUAAAAUCGUCAGGAAUCUCGGUGAAGGAGGCUUGGGAAGCGUGUAUGCAGGGAUUCGCUUGACAGAUGGCCUUGAGGUGGCGCUGAAAUUCGCUGGCAACAUGGGUGUACAUUGGAUGCGCAUUGAGGAUUGUCCUGAACUCGUUCCAAAGGAGAUCGCUCUGCUAAUUCGUGCCAAGAAAGGCAUCAGGAUUCCCGAGAUCAUCCAGCUUCUGGACUGGGUCGUAGAGCCAGAACGAUACAUCAUGGUUCUGGAGUAUCCUACACCCUGUGAGGACUUGGACAAAUUUCUAAACCGCCACGACGGGAUCAUCGGCGAGAACAUAGCAAAGGUUAUAAUGUGUCAGGCAACUCUCGCCGCUCAGAUAUGCUGCCUACGGGGAGUGUUGCACCGUGGCAUAAAGCCGGAAAACCUGCUCAUCAACCCCAACUCCCUGGAUGUCAAAUUGAUUGACUUUGGUUGCGGCGAAAUCCUGACUGAUGAGGGAUACACUAUCUUUGCCGGCACAAUAGAGCACUGCCCCCCUGAGUAUAUGACCAACGGCGAGUAUCACGGGAAACCAGCAACAGUUUGGUCGCUCGGGUUACUCAUGUUUACGCUGCUGCAUGGACGAUUUCCAAAGCAAGAAGACUUGGAAGAUCUCAAUGACAACAACUGGGCCAAAGAUGGCUUGUCACAGGAAUGCUGCGAAUUACUAUGCGCUCUCCUGCAAACAAACCCAGAGACGCGGCUUGAAUUGGAAAAUGUCUGUGUCCACAAGUGGUUUAAGUGUUCAAAUGAUCCACCUGAGGAUAAGACGAUUAUUGACGUCGGUGUCCAGAGCUAUGAAGUCGUCAGGAAGCUCAGUGAAGGAGACUUUGGAAGCGUGUAUGCAGGGAUUCGCUUGACAGAUGGCCUUGAGGAUUGUGUAGCGGACCUCGUCUCACCACAAAGAACUCAAGGACACCAUUGGCUUCAGUGGACCACGCCUGCUGUUUAUUGAAAGAGGACAGAAAAUCAACACGCACGCCUUCAGUGUUUACUCUCUCUCUAGUCACAGGCUGUUCUGAGAUCAUUUUAUUCAAUAAAGUUUUGUAUUACAA